AACUCAGCGCACACCUUCGAUUCCAGAUGCCAGAAAAUAACUCAAGACACAUUGUUAAAGUUCAUACAGUAUACUUGGUCGUAGAUGGUAUCUAUAUGUAUCUACCGGUUGAAUGGUGUAUAUGAAUGACUGACUUAUUGGGUAAUUAGGAGAUCAUAUUUUACGAGGUUCACGUGAAGGCAACGCUGCUUUUAGUUAUUUAGCAUUCCGAAAUGACGGAUCCAACAACGUCUCCAGAGGACCAGUGGAAAACAGAUGGUGCUUUCAGCGACAGUGGCUUUGACCCUGCUUUCUUUGCUGAAAGUGUCAGAAAAGGGAGUGUAGUGUCCAGGGCCAACAGCAUUGGGUCAACGAGUGCCUCUUCAGUACCAAAUACAGAUGAUGAAGACAGCGACUACAGGCACGAGACAUAUAAGGACUCGUAUAAAGAUCGAAGGAGACAAGCACACACACAAGCUGAGCAAAAGAGGAGGGAUGCUAUCAAGAAAGGCUAUGAUGACCUUCAGUCCAUUGUGCCCACCUGCCAGCAGCAGUCAGAGUUUGCAGUUGGAGCACAGAAGAUCAGCAAAGCUACUAUCCUGCAGAAAACUAUUGACUACAUCCAUUUUCUUCAUAAAGAAAAGAAAAAGCAAGAAGAAGAAGUUUCCCUCCUGAGAAAAGAAGUGAUGGCACUUAAGAUCAUGAAAACGAACUAUGAGCACAUAGUGAAGGCUCACCAUAACAACCCGCAGCAGGGAGAGGACCAGGUAUCUGACCAGGUCAAGUUCAACAUCUUUCAGAGCAUUAUGGACUCGCUGUUUGUGUCUUUCAGUAACUCUGUUUCAAUGAGCAGCUUCCAAGAACUAUCUGCAUGUGUUUUCAGCUGGAUUGAGGAGCACUGCAAGCCACAGACCCUUCGUGAGUUUGUUGUUGAAGUUCUCCAGCAGCUCAAUGGCCAGCUGUAUUGAUCAGGGGGAAAUCUCUGGUUAACUCCCAGAAAUUGACUUUGGGGCUACUCUUGCGUGUCAAGAUGGAGUUUAAAACUUCAGACAGCUUCAGGCCACGCCACAGUAUUUACACUCACUUACACUGAUCAGUGACUCCCUAACUGCAAUUGGAUUACCUCAUCACACAGAGGUGGACGGCUGCCUUGGACUGAGCAGCUGUAUGCUUUCAAGUAAUCACCCACUGACCUCUGUAUGUGUGUUUACACAGCUGAAUGUAUUUCGGCCCCAGUUGAAUUUUUUUUUUUUUUUUUUUUUUUUUAUUAAAAGGUAAUGAAAGUUUAUGAAGCAUAUUUUACACAUUGAAUUCAACAUGCUGGCAAGAUAAUGUUCUAAGCAGCUAGUUGUAAUCACUCGAUGCAGUAACUAAAGUCGCCCCUUUUGAGAUGAGUCAAACCAUAACAUAAGGAGAUGUCUUUAAGACUCCCUUAAUAGUAAAGUAACUGUUUUUCUCUGUUGCAUGCCUGCGUAUCUACACAGGGGUAAGGCAGAGAAAUGUCUACAUUUCCUGUGUCCCAUUGGCUUAAUUCUGUAGCUGAGUGCAGAAGCAAAGGAUUCCUCUCCCUUCUAGCGCAUAAACAUUUAGACACUCCUGAACUGUGUCAGAUAAUAUUCCACUACACUAUCACUACUGGGUGACAAGCACUUCUCGUAUAUGUGCUUUCAAGAGCAUGUCAAAUAAUUUUUAUUUUUUUUCUUCAUCUACCUUUUUAAUGUGAAAAAGGUUAGGUUUAUAUAAAUGUAGUUAUGAGCGAACAGGUGAAAUCUCAUCUGUGGCAGGUUAAAAAAAUGUGAAUUUAUUUCCAGUGUGUUUCAUUGGGACGGUAAGGAUAAAAAAAAAAAUGUACUGCAUGAUAAUCAAAAUGAUUUUCAGCCGUUGUCCCUGAGCAAAUAUUAAGGUGUUAUACUGUUUGUAUACCUAAUUGAGCAAAAUGUGUUUAAAAUGAAUCUGGAAAGUGAUGAUGUUAAAUACAGUGUUGAUUUUAAUGAGCCUUCUGAUGUCUUUUUUCCAGGUGACUUAAAAUCGUACUUUUUUUUUUUUUUUCCCCACUCCCAUGAGUCGUGUUUCCAAUACACUUUUUCACAAAAGAAAAUCAAAACUCUGAAUGUAUAAUAACGGUAGCGCAGCAGGAGGUCAGUGUUUACAAUGUUUGUUUUUUUUUUGUUUUUUUUUGAAUAGUGAAAUUAUACUUUCCGUAUUUCGUCCUGCGAGACGCCUCUUCAAAACAAAAUCUUACCGUUAAAGGAGAUGCACAAAAACAUCUUUAGUCUUUGACAAAUGAUUGCAAUUGGCACUUCUGCUGAUGAAGAAAUAGUCAGAUGAAGAAGGCAGUGGAUGAUCAUUCAAAUGAUUAUUCAGACCCAAAGCUGUUAUGUAGCCUAACGCACUAAUACAUAAUGAUUAAGUGGUGUUACGGCACAAAUACAUCUUAUUAAUGGGUGGAAAACAAGCUGGAAACUAGAUUUUGAUUAUGUUAGAUUGACUGGCCACGUCACAUCCAGUGCUGCCAGAGACAUUGAAAUGCGCAAAAAGCAUUUCUUUUACACUUAUGCCAUAAACUGGAUUGUUGAAUCACCUAGAGGAAACAUAAAAGGUUUUUGCAAUAUUUGGGAGUUUUUUUUCAAAUUAGAGCAAUUUUCAUUACAGGAUUUCUUUUUCGAUAUUUGGGUUUUGCAUCAAUCUAGGGAUAAUGUAAGCAUGACUACUGUGAGAACUAAAUGAUUUAGAUGUAUGAUGGAUUGGAUUUGUUCCCAUACAGUUGUGUUUUUUUCUAAGCCAUAUAAGCUCUGUGACCAUCUGUUAUUACGCUUGUAAAUGUAAUGUAAACUGUAAUAAAGCCGAGCCAUAUACUCUAUUAUACAAUCAUCAGGUUCAAUUAGCAUUUACAAUGGCACCAGGCUGUGAUUGAACAUGUUUAAUUAAAGUUGCACUUUCACUUAAGCGGGGCUGCAGUUUACUGAAAUGUUGGUUUUCCUUUCCCAUGUGCAACGAGGAAGAAUGUACAAAUAUCGAACAUUUGUAUUUGUAAAGGUUGGAUAAAAUUACUGAUGCUGUUUGUUUGCAUUAAAUGUACAGCAGCUUGUAAAUCUACAUUGAGUCAUUUUCAGAACAGCACUGUCAGUCUUAUGUAUUUUAAUGCAUUUGAUAUGUACAUUUUGUUUUUAAAUCAUAACUGUGCAUCAA